AUGUCUAUCAAAAAAUAUCCAAGAAAUUCAUCAAAUUUCUUAGAUAUUUAUAAAAAAGUUUCCAAGAAAUUUACUUUUUGGACCCGUGCCAAUUAUACGACAAUAACGAUUUCAAAGCCGCCAACUCUUGUAUUUUCUGGUAUUCAACCUACUGGUAUUCCACAUAUAGGAAACUAUCUCGGAGCAAUUUCAAAUUGGGUCUCUUUACAAGAGAGCCCUAAAGCCACAGCAAAAAACCCAACGAUCACUACCACCAAUGAUAAUAAUGAUACAAUUACGAAUCCUCAGCAGACAAUGUAUUCAAUUGUUGAUUUACAUGCUUUAACGCUACCACAAGUUCCAAAACAAUUAAGGAAGAAUAAAAUUGAAAUGACAAUUGCAUUAUUGGCAUGUGGAAUUGAUCCAAAAAAAUGCAUAUUGUUUGAACAAUCACGAGUGACCGCGCAUGUUGAAUUAGCUUGGAUAUUUAAUUGUAUUACUUCUGUUGGAUGGUUAUCGAGAAUGACUCAAUGGAAGUCCAAAAUGGAAUCAAACAAAAAUUUUCAAUCAAUAAAUGAAGACGUUGUUUUUUCACCCGGUUUAUGCUUGGGAUUAUUUUCAUACCCAGUACUACAAGCAGCAGAUAUUUUAAUUUACAAAGCUACACAUGUACCAAUUGGAGAAGAUCAAGUUCAACAUUUAGAAUUGACAAGAGAUAUUGCACAAAAAUUUAAUAAAAUGUAUAAAACAAAUAUAUUACCAUUACCACAACCUAUUAUCAGUAAGUAA